AGCGUCUGCUCCACCGCACACGGAUUAAUCCCUACGUGGUUUGGGUGCCAUUUCAUGAUGAAGAUUACGUUACCCUAAACCCUCAAUGAUAAAUUCCAGUGGUGCUUCACACAUUUCCUUUCCUCGAGCCAUAGGACAAGGAGGCAGAGAGGAGUAGCCCUAUACACACCACCACGACCAAUGGACUCUCGUGCAUGCGCCCACAUGAGUUUCCGAGGACAGUUUUUAAUGAGUGAUAUUGAUAUAUGGUAAAUUCCUUGGCUGGAUCACAUGACACAAUUACCUCCAGAAUCGAUGAAGAUGAAUUGCAGGUCUGCCUGCGUUUCCGAUUUUUUCGCCUUCUCGACUUUGCGCCACACGCCUAUGGUGCAAUAUAUGGACAAAGUUUAACACAGUCAAGCUGCCAAUUCCUCUCACUGUUGCAAAGGGAAAGGGAGAGAUGACGGAGUACGAUGAUCGCAACAACUGCGCUCCAAACAUGUAUUUACCAAACUGUACCUAUUACGUUACGGCGCCUGAUUUUUCAUCAGUUACUUCCUUCUUACCGCAGACUACUACGUGUCAAAUCAAUUUCCCGUAUUCUCCAAACAUAGCCCAAGUCCAACCAGUUCGCGAAGUCGCUUUCAGGGAUUAUGGACUGGACCACCCGAGCAAAUGGCACUACAGGAGCAACUACGCGUCUUAUUACUCCACGGAGGAGAUCAUGCAACGGGAUUUAAUUCAGUCUUCUGGACGGGCGGACAUGCUGUUUAAAAACGACUCCUACGGUCACCACAUUGGGUCGAACUCGACGUGCAGUUUCCUCGCUAACGUUGGCCGGAACGGGGUCCUUCCGCAGGGGUUCGACCAGUUUUUUGAGACCCUCAACUCGGAGAGGACCAACGCGGAGCACACAGCACAAAAGACAGACUCGCCUGUGCCCGUGGAUGCGACAGAUAAUGGGGAGACAAUAAACAAAGCAGAACAAUCCAAAUCGGAGUCGACGGAGAACCUCAAUGAAGACUCAUCCGUGGACUCUGGUGACAAGACCAGCGAACAGAGUUCCACCAAGUCGCGGAAGAAGAGAUGCCCUUACUCCAAGUACCAGAUCCGAGAACUUGAACGAGAAUUCUUUUUCAACGUGUACAUAAACAAAGAGAAGCGUCUACAGUUGUCCAGAAUGCUGAAUCUAUCGGACCGCCAGGUGAAGAUCUGGUUCCAGAACAGAAGGAUGAAAGAGAAAAAACUCAACCGGGAUCGCCUACAGUAUUUCACAGGGAACCCCUUGUUUUGACGGACCCACGGAGCGGAUCAGAAGCACUCGGUCAAAGACACAGAGCGACAGACGCCUCGGCUGGUGGAGAGAUCAAACCAAACAUUUAAAACCUGUCCAUACCCAUAGCAUUUUUUUGGGGGGGAAAUUGUUCGCUUACAAUGAAAGAACACAAUUCUGGACACAUGGAUGAAUUGAGGAUAUUUUUGGUGUUUGUAUAAUCAACGUGUAACCUUUUACAAGUCUGGUAUAUCAGGACACAUUUAUUCAGUGAAUUUAUUUAUACGAAAAAGCCCACUUGUGUAUGCAUUUUAAAUAUGCAUGUUAUGUAUUGUGGUGUGUGAAAUAAAAACAUGUAUUAUUUAAAGCCCUAUACACCUCUGUUACCAGGAGAAUAAUUGUAGAACCAAAAGGCGUGUAGAUAUUCCGGGUUGUGUGAGGCCUGCUCGGGUUUGCUGUAGGCGGCGGCUAUAUGGCUCUUUUAUUUCUUGCACUGGAUUGUUUGCUAAACCUUGAACCGUCUAGACAGUACAAUAAAGACAGCUGUAAAUGCCUAAAUAAGGGGCAAUCGCCUCAGCCAUAAGAAUUCAAGAGGACCGAUUCUUUCCUGUUAAGAAAGAGUUUAACUGCACACGUUUCUCUAAAGCGUCUGGAAGCUCGGACCUUCACUUCUCCUCACCCCACAACACAUAGCCUAAAGUCGAAAGUCUCAAACGAUCCUUUUGAAAACAGUUUUGUUGUCAACUCAGCUCUCGGCCUAAUCGACAAGGACAAAGGCAAGUGUUGCAGCAGCAGUAAUGAUAAUGACUACGUCCCAGCCCAAAGCCAUGCUACACUAUCUGGUCUUACAUGAGUUCCGUGCGCCGUCAGGUUGAAUCAAUGCAAAGCAUAGAAUUAAUUGCACUAUGCUUUACCCGUAAUAGAUAUGCAAUACAUUUUGGGCCUAAAAACCACAGCAACACGUGGCAUGUGUAGGCCAAGAUACGUGUGUGCGUGUGUGUGUGGCUGUGUGUGUGUGUGUGUGUGUGUGUG